GCCCCCAACAGCUACAAAACUGUCUCUGGAUAUAUCCACUCAGUAUCUCCUGUGAAGAAAGCUGCCAAUUCACAAACAAAAUACUUCAAUUGUAGUAUUCAAACCAAUGACACAGUGGUUAGGGCAGUCUGCUUUAAUCCUGACAAGAAGCCUCAUCUGGAAAAAAUCCAAAAAGGGAAAACUGCUGUCACCCUCUUCAAUGUCAGAAGUUCAAUAAAAGAUGAAGUUGAAAGUGUCGUAAUCCAAAAUAAUACCAAGAUGCAACCAGUGGUUCUACCAUUUUCAUAUAAAGACAUCAGCAUGAUGUCGUCAUUGCCAAGUCUCGCAUCGCUUCAAGAUGUUUCUUUGGAACAACUGGUAGAAGUGAAGGCCAAACUUACUAGGCUAACUGCAGUUAAAAAUCAAAACAACCGUUUUGGCCAACCUCUUCAGAAACAAGAAGCUAUUUUAGUUGAUCACACCACCUCAAUCAAAGUGAUCCUUUGGCAGGAACAUUGUAACACACUUACUGAGGAAAAAACAUACAGGCUAAGGAACCUAAGGAUCAAAGAAUCAUAUGGAACAAGAUACCUGAACACUCCUAAAUCAGAGCACUUUGAAUUCGAGGAAAUUCCUGCAUUCACCCAGACGUUAGCUGCUGUUGCAACUGACAUAGAGUCUCUGUCGCAGGCCAAGAUGUCAGCAAAGAUCAUUGGUGUACAAACUGCAACGAAAUCCCUUUCUUGUGUGGCAUGUAAGAAAAAGGUGACCAUUAAGACCAGUGGACAAAUAGCAAACUGCCAAUCCUGUAAGCUAAUGCAAAAGGUUAAUGCUUGCAGCCCACAGUGGAUUCUGAAAAUUCUAUUUCAGAACACUAACAACAUCAGUGAAAAGGUUGCAAUUAUGCUAUUCCACCAACAGGUAACCAAACUCGCAACAUUAUCAAGUGAUAUUAAUUUAAAUCUCAUUUCAGAGGAAGAAUUGAUUUUAACACUCCUAGAAAUGGACUCUGAGUUCCUCAUCACUUAUAAUACUUCUUCCAAUAAGCUGAUAGAUGUUUCACAAAUAAACAUUUAG